AUGCGUCAGCCGACGUUCACUGUCCUGAGCUUGCUGCUCCUCAGUCCCUCGCUCGCAACCCCCGCCCCGCAUGCCGCCUCCCAACAAUGCUCCCUCUUCGACACUCGCUGCCACAACCACCCCCCGCACCCCUGGAGAAGACUGUCAGACGCACUCAUUCGGCGGAUAUGGGGUCUUCCCGAGAAGCAGAAGGGCAAGGGCGCAGCCAAUGGCGACCCCGCGGCCGUUGGCGGCACCCCUGCGCGGAAGCUGCUGGCGCGGUACGGGGAAGACAUUGUGAUGCGGUUUAAUAUCACCACGGCAGAGGAGGCUUCGGCUCUAGCCGAUGCUUCCGACAUUCUUUUCCUGGAUGUGUGGGAGUUCAAUGAGAAUUGGUGCGACAUCAGAAUAGCAAAGGACGUGGUAUCUUCACUGCUCGGGCUUCUCCCCGCCUCCCUCCAGACUUCUCACGUGGCGCUCAUGCAAGAUCUCGACCUUGCGCAAGCCAUCUUCGACUCCUAUCCCACCCCUUCCGCUACUCAGUCCCACGACGGCGACCGCUCCUUCUCCCCCAGUCUCAAGACUUCCUCACAAUCCGAGAAUAUCUUUUUCCAGGACUACCAACCACUGUCUGUCAUUACACCCUGGAUGAACCUCCUUGCGUCCAUGUUCACGACCCAUGUUCGGCGGAUCAACGUUGGCAUCAGUUAUGAAGGACGCGACAUCCCUGCCCUGCGUGUCGGAGUUCACCCUACAAACGACGAGCAGCAGUCCUCUCCCCGGAAGACGGUCCUCAUUGUUGGGGGCUCUCAUGCGCGGGAGUGGAUUUCCACGAGCACUGUCAACUACCUGGCCUGGAGUCUGAUUACCUCCUACGGGAAGAUAAACACUGUGACGAAGAUGCUCGAAUCUUUUGACUUCGUCUUCGUGCCGACUUUGAAUCCCGAUGGGUAUGUGUACUCUUGGGAGACCGACCGGCUCUGGCGAAAGAACCGUCAGCCAACAAGUCUUCGGUUCUGCCGGGGAAUCGACCUCGACCGAAGCUACUCUUACCAAUGGGACGGCGACUCUACUCGCCAAAAUCCAUGCAGCGAGUCCUUUGCUGGAGAUGCUCCUUUUGACGGUGCUGAGGCCCAACGGUUCGCCGAAUGGGCCAAGAACGAGACCGAGAACAACAACGUCGAUUUUGUGGGGUUUCUCGACCUACACUCGUACUCUCAGCAAGUUCUCUAUCCAUAUUCAUUUUCAUGCUAUCAGGAGCCACCCACCAUUGAGGACCUCGAGGAACUGGCCAUGGGGCUCGCCAAGGCCAUCCGCGUAUCUCACAAAGGGCACCCUUACCAAGUGACCUCUGCUUGUGAGGGCAAUGUCGCCGUGUCAAAGAACUCAAAAGAUGGGAAAGGCCGGAAGGUUCUUCCACGUAUUGAGUCGAGCGGGGGAAGUGCCCUUGACUGGUUCUACCAUGAGCUUAGAGUCAAAUACGCCUAUCAAAUCAAGCUUAGAGAUACGGGAAGUUACGGGUUCUUGCUGCCUAAAGAAAAUAUCGUCCCAACAGGCAAAGAGCUUCUUGACGCUGUUCUUUAUCUUGGUCGUUUCAUGCUUGGAGAGGUUGGGUUUGAGACUAGCGGUGCUCCAGGUACUGCGUCCGAGGAACCAGUUCUAAAGGUUCUGCAACAUGAUGAGCAUGGGAAUGUGGAGGAGACGCAGGAUUGGGAUUAUGAAGAUUCGCCAAUGGAGCUCCGGCGGAGGCGGAAACGGUAA